AGUGAAGACAUGUCAUUGUGAAUCAUGAACGUAUUUAUACAAGCGAGCUAUCUCAUUUCCUAUCACAAAUCUGCAAAUUCUCUUUUCUUUUUCGACUCCACCCAAAGCAUACAUACUCACAUUCUUGUACCUGACUUCACACAAUGGGCUCAGUUGGUCCUUCAACAAACGACAUCAUCGCCACCCUCGAUGCUGUAAGCCCAAGUCAAUUCGGCGGCGAUGAAGUCGAGCGUCUCCGCGUCCGUGCAGCUGCGCGUCGUUUGCUAGCAAGAGUCGAAACUCCAUAUGAACGAGCAUGGGGUUUUUGUUUCGAACAUCCUGCUGUCUUUGCGGCUUUGCAGACUGCGAUUGAUUUAGGAAUCUGGAAGGCUUGGACCAAGGAAGGUGGAGGGAAAAAGACGAUCGAUGACUUGGUUAAGUUGACUGGGAGGGAUGUUGAGCCAGACUUGUUGCGACGUCUGUUCCGUCUCCUGGCUGCGUUUUAUGUGGUUGAGGAGGCAGGUGUAGACACCUUCAAACCCACACCAUUCUCAUACGCCAUUGGUGAUGAAAGUACCAAGGUCCGAGCCUCCCUCGAAGCAGCAACCUACCAGUACAUCUCAGCUGGCCAAAAUCUCCCCAAAUACCUCGCGAAAAUAGGCUACAAAGUCCCCACAGCAGCAGAAGACAACAACUACGCAGGCAGCGAUCCCGACGGCCUCAACUUCUUCGGUCGUCUUCAGAAGAGUCCAGAGUACUAUGAAGCCUUCACAGGACACAUGGAGGCGUGGACAUCUUGGAAGACACCUUGGACUAAGAUUUAUGAUCCUAGUAAUUUGAUUGAGGGUGCUGAUCUUAGCAAACCGCUGGUUGUGGAUGUUGGAGGUAAUACGGGUAUUGAUAUCUCGCAUGUUCUCAAGGCCAGGCCGGAUUUGCCAAAGGGCGUUUUGGUGUUGCAGGAUUUACCGGAGAUUAUUGAGCGGGCGGAUGUUGAUGAGAAGAUUACGGCUAUGGCUCAUGAUUUCUUCAAGCCUCAGCCAGUAAAGGGGAGUCGGGCAUACUUCAUGCACGCUGUUCUUCACGACUGGCCCGAUGCUCAAGCAAUUCAACUUCUACAGAACACCAAAGAUGCUAUGACAAAGGGUUACUCUAAGCUCUUCGUCUACGAUAUCGUGCUACCACCAACUGGAGCUAGUAUCAGUCAGACUACCAUGGAUGUUCAGAUGAUGUCCCUUCUUUCAGCUUCAGAGCGAACAAAGAGUCAAUGGGAGAAAUUGUUGAGGGGGACUGGGCUCAAGAUUCUUAACUUUUGGCCUGAUCCCCAGCAGUAUGAGAUGCUGAUCGAGGCAGAGAUUGCAUGAGUUAAGGACGAAAGAACGUCCAUCAAAGACGGCAUGUAAUCACAAUGAAGAGUAAAGAGAUAUCUGCUAGUUCGAG